GCGGUCACCAUGGCAACCCCUAACUGCAGACCAAAGUUCAGCCACUGUAAAUCUUUAUGACCAUACUCAUAGUCCAAUGUUCCUUGGGGCAUUUUGUCCCUUGAAGAGCUAGCUUUUAUAUUUUACAAGAACUGUUCAUUCGGACUCCUUUUCUAAAUACUGGACUCCAAAUGAUAAGGUCCAAACUUAGUACAAAAAAUCAUUGCUUUCUGUGUUAACCAUAGGACCCCUACUUUCCUGAGAAGAUGCCUACGACGAAGAAAACACUGAUGUUCUUAUCGAGCUUUUUCACAAGCUUUGGGGCGUUCAUCGUAGUCUGCUCUAUGCUUGGGACCCAAGAAUGGGUCAGCAGCAGAAUAGCCAUCAGUGACUCUUCUUCAAACGGUACUCUUGUUGUCGUCUAUGGACUCUUUCGUGGUAACAGUCGUCAGGAAUUCAGUCAUGGACUUGAGGAAUCAAAGAAGGACUUUGGAGUUUUAGAGAAAUUGAACAAUUCUUCCCAAAGAACGCUGCAUUUGGUGGUUAUCCUGUUCCUGGUCCUCAGCCUGUGCACUUCGCUGCUCAGCUCUGGGCUUACCUUCUACAACAGCAUCAGCAGCCCCUAUCAGACGUUCUUGGGGCCAGUGGGCGUGUACACCGGGAGUGGACUUGGUGCCUUCUUCAUUUUCGUGGCCAUGAUACUGUUUGUGGGGAACACACAACCCAACCAUCUCUCGGAAGCCCUGGCCCAGACGCUGUACCAGCAAUAUCCAGCAGCUGCCUACGGAAGAACGACCCACAGCUACGGUUACUCGUUUUGGCUAGCGCUGCUUGUCAUUCUUCUAAGUAUUGUCUCUGUGGUCAUCAUUGUUUUCUACCAGAAGGCCAGAUACCAGCGAAAGCAGGAGCAGAGAAAGCCCAUGGAAUACGCUCCAAGAGAUGGAAUUUUAUUCUGAAUUUGAUGUUAUAUUAUUUUGUUAUUAGGUCUAUUCUAUUGUACAUCAGCUCCCAAGCAGUGACUGGCUCACUUGUCUGGGCAAUCAGCAAGGUUAAGUGCGGCUCUGGCUGACUGUCAUUUUGUGAUAGUUUUGUAUCUCAUGACACUCCAUGAAUGAUGUCACAUUGCAAAGGGUUCUUCCCACUAAGGUGGGGACGACGAAGGGGAAAUCUCUCCAGUCCACGCAGUGUUCAAAGUGGUAGAAUG